AUGGAGUCUUCACGAUCAGGUGUUGCAUCAUCUAAAGAAAAGUUACCCAUCACCACAUUCGAUUCAACAGCUCAAGAGGAGAAUAAGACAGCAGCCAGGAAAUCUGAAAGCAUGUCUCUGAAAUUCGCAAUCCAAUGCCUGGCAGUGAUGAUACUACUGAACAUAUUUCUGUACAAUACGGUCCGAUACUUCUCAGCGGAGACUACGGGCUUUAGUGGUUGCUCCCAUGAGAACGCUGCUUUGGGUUCCUCGAGAUAUAGGAAUGGUCUAGGCAAGCUUUCACCGGAAUUAAAGUUCGGAGACAGGAGCCAUGGAAACGAUUACCCGUCACUAUGGUUGCUUGAAGCAGCAGGCGCUUACACUAAAAAGACAUCUGUAUCAUUCAACGAUGUCACCGAUAUCUGCGCUAAUUACUCUGGAGAAAAUUCCCCUUCCCAUUGUACAACAAACACUAUUGCGUCUGUACUACUUCUCAGCAGCUCUAUACUUUCCCUUCAAUCAGAGCUUAUUAAUUUUACCACUCCACACCUUUCGAAUGGACGGCCGCUAAAUUCAAACUUCGAUCCACCAGCUCUACUGGACAUGAUGUACCCUAAUCCUCCAGAAUUUCAGAAGGCUGUACCAUAUUAUAUUACCCAUACUAUCGGUUCUCCUGUUCACCAUGUAGGGUAUUAUUGUUCCUUCUCGUCCCCAUGCACCAACCCAGUGUUCAGCAUCUCCACCCAUGAAGAUAUUCCCAUGCUCUUCACAUUCCUCCCUUCUAUCCUCGGUACCCACACAGAAGCUCUCAAGUUUGGUUUCGGAAAUGCGGCAGACUACCACUUUUCUACCAACAAUUUCGCGAAUGGUGGCUUUGAUAUACUGUUCGGAAAAGCAAAGUCACCUAUGCUUGAUCCUAUAAACGAUUACUCUCAGAUGAAACAAGAAGUACAUUGCCUUCUUAGGGAUGGAUUGAAACUGCCUGGUCUCUUCUUCAAUAUCCGCACUCGUGGCUCCGGGGAGAAAGGCUUUCAUGGAGCAAUAAUCCCAUGGACCCGCAAUGAGAGAAGCGAGACAGAGCGAAUGGAGACAAUCAUGACGUCGGAACAAAACAUGACUACCUGUGCUGCGGCCAUAGCAACGCGGCAUUCUAAGAGAGUAGAAUUGUGGCUUUUAGGGGGUUUCUUUCUGGGGCUGGCUGGCUCAGGAGUAAUUGUCUCGCUAUUUGCUCGGUGGCUCGAAAAUAGGCAGGGAAGGAUUCGUUUAUAG